UUGGAAACUUGAAAGGGAUCCAGUACAUUUUGCUAGAAGUUUUUUGGCAGUCCUUUAAUUUAUAAUGCAUAGAAGCAACGUACAUAGUGUCACGACAGAGACGGUUUAUGGAAGAGAGAGGAACUCUGAUAACUUGAAAGAUGACACUGUUAGUCAGAAAAACCAGGAUUUGUUGGAAUCAAAAUCACGUAUACUUUCAGAGGAACUUAGUUCUGAGGACAAAACCUGGAAUAGCGUGAACAAGGAUUCUCCAGAGCCUUUGGAUGGAGUCAACUAUCCCUAUUCACGGUUGCCGUCGUCUUCUUUUUCUCCAGUCUCUACUCCGUACAUGGCUCAUCCUUCUCCUUUUAUAGCUGCACCUUAUUGUUAUCCUAUGUUUCCUGCAACUGGUGUUAUUUCUCCCGGAGUUCCACUUUCCAAUUAUCCGUUCACAUUAGAAAUGGCUAUUGUUCAUCAGAUUGAAUAUUAUUUAGGAGAAGAAAAUCUUGCAAAAGAUAUCUAUCUGAGACAAUUGAUGGAUCCAGAAAUGUGGGUUGAGAUUGAAAAACUGGUAACAUUCCCAAAGCUUAGCAGAUUAACUACCUCUGUACGGUUGGUUGCACGUGUUUUGAGAGAAUUUUCAUUUCGUAUUCAAGUUCAUGAUGAUGACGAAAGAGUAAGGCCGAUGCCACCUGAUAAUAAUGAAGACAGAUGCCUUGUUAUAGUUAAGAAUAUUUCUGGAAAUGUCGCAAAAGAGGAUUUUCUCAACUAUAUACAACAAGCAAUGGGAAAGAGUACCAAGCUGAAGAUUUUGUCAAGUGUGGAGGAUACUUGGUUUAUUUACUGUGUGAGCGAAAGUGAUGCAGAGCGUCUUUGUUCAUCACUAAAUUCUUUAUCAUUUCAUGGAAAUAUCCUCGAGGCGAGGAGAAAGAUGGACGAUUCUGUGAGACAUACAGAAGAAUUCAUCUCAGAUGUAAGUUAUAUUGGUAGACAGGCGACGUCUUCUAUGACGAUACCAAAUUCGUGGGCUUCUCAAUUGCCUUUUCAAUCAUCAGCUUUCUCAUUUCCUUCACUUGGAGCUUCAGGCUAUGUUCCUAUGAAUGCUGGUUUUUAUGCAUUUCCGUUUUCAACCUAUCCUUAUGUACACCCUGUAACUGUUGGUGUGACCGAUACUAGCCGGAAUGCAAGAGUUCGUCGUCGUGGAAAUAAUAGAGCAUUUAAAGGAAAUACAGAAAAGGAUUCAACUAGAGUUAGCGACAAUGAAGUAGGCUCUGAAAGGAAGGCAACGGUUACGGAAUUUACAGGUCAAAUGUCUUCAACAAGGAUUCCAAACAGAAUUCGCGCUCAAGAGAAAAACCUUAAGAACAAGACCUUCAUUGAGGACCAUCAUAUGAAUGGCAAUUUGUCAUCUGGAAAUAACAGUCAGCAAGUAACGAAUCAUUCAAGUCGUUCUUAUGGGAACAUUUCCGAGAAAUAUCCAAACAGUUCGAAAGGGAAGAAUACAAAUGAACCAAAUUUGUCUCUUGCUGAAUUCCCGCCGCUUCCUUCAACAGAUGGUAAGAAUCUUAACUCACUCUUCAAGUCAGGAAAGCCUCGCAUGGACACUGUCAUUGUCAAUGGAACCAAUCAAUUCACUAGCAAUGGAUCAGAAACAUUGAAUGCUAAAGAGACAAAGGUUUUCUUAGAAAGGGACUCCAAUGUUUGUUAUGAAGAUACGGAUAAAGCUUCAGUUCCAGUGUUGUCGUUUGGAGACCUUGUGCUUUGCACGGAGAAUCUUUCAGAAACCCAAACUCAUGAGUCAUUCUAAUUUCUUGUAUCCAUUCUAGGCAGGAUGACUGCUCGAGUACUGUUUUUGAAAUAUACAAAGACUAGCAUGGAGUUUCAGUAUAGUUGGUUGUAACUUUGAUGGUUCAGCCUGAUUUCUUGGCCUCUUGAGUCACGUGAAUAUGAUUCGUAUGAGUGACCAUAUUGGCGACACUUUGCAGUAUUUGUCGCAACUAUUCAAGCACACAACUGCCCAAGUAAAGACCAAAUUUAUUAG